CAAAAACCAUGACCCCGAAGAAGAAGAUGAAGUCCCCCUAUCCAUAGUAGCUUGGCCACCAUUGACGCAACCCUUUGAGACUCCAAGAUGGAAGCUUCCAUCUCUAAUGCCAGCUAUUGUGCUUGAAAACCAGAAGCAGAUGGUCAUGAAUAAACAAAAUACCUUUGUAACAACCAAGCCUGAUCAAGUUACUAAUUUGGUUUUCGAUUUAGAUUAG